ACUUUACAACUAGAUUUUUAAAGAAGUGAAAAGCAUCACACAUUCCUUGAGUCAACAGAAGUAGAGGCAGCCAUUCAGAGGAAACCUCCAAAAGCUGCUCUUACAGGACAUAUUGAUCAGAUAUGGGCCAAGCUGCAACACAGCCAAGUACCAAUUGGCACCUGAAAGAAAAUACAAGAGAUCACCACACAAGUAAAUUUUCUAGCAAAGAGUUGAUUGUGAGGAGAGGUCAAGCCUUUGUUGUCACCUUCAGUGGAAUAGAACAGCCUGAGCAAAACUUAACAUUCAUCGCAGAAACAGGUCCAAAACCCUCAAAGCAGGCUAAGACCCAGGCCACAUUUGGUAUUUCCAGCACAGUGAGUAAGGAGAAUUGGAGUGCAGUUCUGCAGUCCACCAGUUCCAACUCUGCAAGCAUCGCCAUUUCCAGCCCAGCUAAUGCUGUCAUCGGACGUUACAAGCUGAGUGUUCAAAGUACUUCAAGUGGCAGCUCAUCUCCAGCAACCCUUGGCACUUUUGUUUUGCUCUUUAAUCCUUGGUCUUCAGGUGAUGAUGUGUUCAUGUCUAACAAGGCUGAGUGUGAGGAAUAUGUGCUGGAAGAGUUUGGCAUCAUUUUUUCUGGCAAUACACAUCAUAUCAACAGCUUUGGAUGGAACUUUGGCCAGUUUCAAGGAGAUAUUCUCAAUAUUUGCCUUUCCAUGCUGGAUCGAAGCUUAAACUACCGUCAGGAUCCUGCCACAGAUGUAUCUCACCGAAAUGAUCCCAAAUAUCUGGGCCGAGUUCUCAGCGCAAUGGUCAAUGGCAAUGAUGAUCAAGGAGUGGUACUAGGAAACUGGAGUGGAAAUUAUGAAGGUGGGAAAAGUCCAAGCAGCUGGACUGGAAGUGGUGAAAUCCUGCAAAACUGGAAGAAAUCAGGAUUCAAGCCUGUUAGAUAUGGACAAUGUUGGGUUUUUGCAGCAGUACUGACCACAGUGCUUAGAUGUCUGGGGAUUCCCACUCGAACAAUUACAAAUUUCAGCUCUGCCCAUGAUGCAGAUGGGAACCUGCGUGUGGAUGAGUUUUAUGAUGCUUCUGGAAAUCAUUUGGAGAGAGGAGCUGACAGUGUCUGGAAUUUCCAUGUCUGGAAUGAAAGCUGGUUUUCCCGCAGUGACUUGGGCCCCUCAUACAGCGGAUGGCAAAUUCUGGAUGCAACUCCCCAAGAAGAAAGUGGAGGAAUUUAUCAGUGUGGUCCUGCCUCACGGAAUGCCAUCAAAGAAGGAGACGUAGAAUUGGACUACGAUUGCCCAUUUGUAUUUGCAGAAGUGAAUGCAGACCGUAUGUACUGGAAUUAUGACCCUGCAACUGGAAAGAAAACAUUAAUAUUCUCUAAGACUACAACAAUUGGCCAGUUCAUCAGCACAAAGGCAGUUGGUAGAGAUGAUCGUGUAGAUGUCACCAGUGAUUAUAAAUAUGAGGAAGGCUCUAGAAAAGAAAGAGAUAUUUUUAAAAAAGCCCGUAAGAAGCUGGGACUUGAAGAUAAAUUUGAUCCUACAGCACCAACACCAAAGGAAAUUGAACAAAAGCCUGAUAUCUCAGGGAAGUUCAAAGUGGCUGGUCCUUUAGAAGUUGGCAAAGAUCUCAAUCUGAUUCUGGUUCUUGCAAAUUUACAGUCUGAUGUUAAGUCUGUUCAUGUAAAUAUGACCGCUUGGAGCACUGUGUACACUAGAAGACCAGUUCGUGAGAUCUGGAAAGACUCCAUAUCUGUUACUCUGUCUCCUGGAGAAGAGAAACAUUUUCCCGUUAAGAUAUCUUAUGCUGAAUAUCAACAGCAGUUAACUACAGACAACACAAUUCAAAUAACAGCUUUAUGUCAUGUAGAAGGUGGAAUUCAAGUACUAGUGCAAAGAGACAUUACUCUGGACAAUCCUGCUAUCGACAUACAGGUACUUGGUGAAGCAAAAGUGAAUAAAGAAGUUGAUGUAGAAGUGGUAUUUACCAAUCCUAUUAAUGCAGAAGUGAUGGACUGUGUGCUUCAGGUAGAAGGCAAUGACCUGCUGAGAGGAAUCCUUGAGAUAGAUGUACCGCCAUUGAAAGCUGGUGAGAAGUCCAGUACAAAGUUUAAACUUACUCCUGUCGAGACGGGUUCCAAGCAUCUACUUGUUAAUUUCUCCUGUGAUAAAUUUUCAGAUAUCAAGGCUUUUAAGACUGUAAAUGUGAUUGACUAAUAGGAAGAUGCAUUAUAAAUGGUCUGUGUCUCUCUAAAUUGAACAAAAUGUCAUAAGAAAUCUUGUAUAAGAAAACCAUGAGGAAAAUAACAAAAUCCUUGCUUUCCUGAUAAUGGGUUUCCAACUUUACAUCAUUAAAAUUUUACAUUGUAAUUUUAAAUAAACUUUGGAAUAGUUGAUUCUUCA